AAGAAGAAGAAGAAGCUCUCUCUUUCAAUUUCACGCUUCCAAGUGUGAUCAACAGAGCAUUUACUCCCAUUGAAGAGCGAGGUCAGAGGGAGGGAGGGGAUGAUUCUUUUUGUUGUUUGUUCAGUUGGAGUAAGUUGCAGUCAACUAUGACUUUGCAUCGAAACUAUUUGAUCGUUGUAAUCGCAAUUUUCUCGGCUUCUUUAACAAUCGCCGAGGGGUUAACGUCCUGCGAAACCGGUAAUUCGGUUCAAUUUUUACGCCAUCCGUUUGGAUUCACAGACGUGAAACCAAUCAAAUUGAAUUGCAGCGAAAAUGGCGAGAUUCAAAUCGGCAGAUUCCAGGUUCAGAACAUUAAUGAAAGAAGUAUCCUCAUCAAACUUCCUACAGGGUGCAAUAUCCCUAUCAAUUCACUCUCAGAACUGUCCAGCAAAAACUACAAGCCCACCCUCCGCAACAGUCUCUUCCUGAAUUGUACCGAACAACCACUUCCAUGCGGAGUCAUGGGGAAUUUCACCCUGAAUCAGCCGACGGACUGCGGCUUUAAGAGUAAUAAUAUCAGCUGUUUCACCAAGACCGAGCAAAAUGGAUUUCUGCCUCCUUUAAAUAAGUGCCACUCCCUUUUGUCCUCUGUAUUCGUUAAUUUUACGUCAAAUUCGACCACUCUGUUCGAGGUCGAGUUUGGGGUCAUUGAGUUAGAGUGGUGGGUCUCACCUUCGUCUGCCGCUCAAUGCUCAAAAUAUGCCAAUCGAGAGAACAUUACCAGCUCGAAGGAGAACCUAGGAUUUCGUUGUCAGUGCAUAGAAGGGUUUGAAGGAAAUGCUUAUGACAACGUCGGCGGCGGCUGCCGGAAAGUUUCUCACAAAUGCAACCCUCCAACGUACAUAACUGGGCGAUGUGGUGGGGAAAGCAAAGUCGCUGCCCUAAUUGCAGGUGUCUUUGUAGGGGCGUUUCUAAUGGCUGUCUUGACCCUUAUCUGUUACUGCAUCCGACGCCGCUCAAUGUGUCUUAAAGGUCAGAUGAGUGCAAAGCGGCUUCUAAGUGAGGCUGCCGGAAAUUCCAGUGUUACUUUAUACCCCUACAAAGAAAUAGAAAGAGCCACUAAUGGCUUCUCUGAGAAACAACGUCUGGGAACUGGAGCCUUUGGUACAGUCUAUGCCGGAAGGCUUCACGAGGAUGAGUGGGUUGCUGUAAAGAGGAUCAAAUACAGAGACCACAACAGCAUUGACCAGGUUAUGAAUGAGAUAAAACUCCUUUCCUCGGUGAGCCACCCAAAUUUGGUCCGCUUGCUUGGCUGCUGCAUUGAGGAAGGCCAACAGAUCCUUGUAUACGAGUUUAUGCCCAAUGGAACUCUCUCUCAACAUCUUCAGAGAGAGCGUGGAAAUGGACUCCCAUGGACAACACGGCUCACUAUAGCAGCCGAAACUUCUCGUGCAAUAGCAUACCUUCAUUCUUCUGUGCACCCACCAAUAUAUCACAGAGACAUCAAAUCGAGCAAUAUACUUCUGGAUCAUGGUUUCAAAUCAAAAGUUGCAGAUUUUGGUCUUUCUAGACUUGGUAUGACAGAAAUAUCUCACAUCUCAACAGCUCCCCAAGGAACCCCAGGCUACGUUGAUCCACAAUACCAUCAAAAUUUUUAUCUUUCUGACAAAAGUGACGUAUAUAGUUUUGGAGUAGUCCUAGUAGAGAUAAUAACAGCAUUGAAAGUGGUUGAUUUCACUCGUCCCCAAAGUGAAGUAAACUUAGCUGCACUUGCCAUUGAUAGGAUUGGUAGAAACUCUGUGGAUGAACUAAUCGAUCCUUUCCUCGAGCCACAUAGAGAUGCUUGGACCCUCUACUCUAUUCACAAGGUGGCUGAGCUUGCAUUCAGAUGCCUUGCUUUCCACAGCGACAUGAGGCCUUCGAUGACAGAAGUAGCAGAGGAAUUGGAAAGCAUCAGACGCAGUGGAUGGACAUCAAUGGAGGAGCAUUUUUGUGCAGCAUCAUCAGCAGGAUCAGCUUGUUCAUCUCCUCGUAGUGUAAGCGAGAGAUCCAUAAGUAGUAGCAUAACAAUUAAGAAGACCGGGCUGCUUGCAGGACUGGGGAGCCAGAGAUUGAUAAUCCCACCGGAGAACAACCAUAGUAAGGACUAUCUACCUCCUGUUGAGGAGGUUAUGGAUAGUUCCCCAGUUUCAAUACAGGAUCCUUGGUUAAGUGAACAAAGCUCGCCUUCAACAAAUAGUUUAUUGGGUAAUGUAGCACGGUGAAAAGAGAAGAAAAAGAAGAAGAGGAAGAUCUUUUGUAGGACAUUUAACCUUUUACAUUUCACCAUUAUUUGUGUAUCCUACGGAAUAUCUUAUACUGUGUCAUUGUUUUUAACCUCCUUAUUCAAUAGAACUGUAGAUGCCAAUGCCAUUUUCCAAAAAGGUGAAGCAUUAUUUUGCUCGUC